AUGCCAAAGGGUUUCCUGGUAAAACGCUCCAAAAAAGCAGGGCCGGUUUCCUACAGGCAACGGGCCGAAAAUGACUCGACGCCAAAGUUUGUUCCGAGUCCAGGAGGUCAGGUUUUCAGCGCUACCACUCUUCCAUCAGUGCUUGUUCGGAGGACACCAUAUUUUGGAGGCCAGCCUGAAUCCUUCUUCCCUCCAUCGUUCAGCCCUACUCGACCUGACAGCGAAGGUUACGCCAACCAAUAUCCAUCAUCAGACUCCAAACAUCAGACCUCUGCUGGUUCACCACCUCAACCUGAGCUUCUUCUAGAACCGGUUCUUGGAGGUUUUGCCCUUAACGGUUCUCCAGUAUCACCAUCUCUGCCUGAAAUGACCACUAAAGUUGAAUCUGCGUGUCCACCCUUGGCACCAAAACGACCAGCAAUAUCUUCAAACCCCAAAAGCAACCAUUCUGCCUCCAAGAAGCGCAAGACAGCUUCUCCUCAAGAAAGAAAACUGAUCAACAGGGAUGCAGUGACGACCUCGCCCGUUUUGGGUCUGCGCAUCAAGGAAGACCAUGAAGAGGACUCCAAAGAGGUGUCCAGUAGCAACAGCUCUUUGGGCGAGUUCAUCUGUCAGCUGUGUAAGCAGAGGUACUUGGACCCACUCAGCCUGGCCCAUCACAAGUGCUCCCGCAUCGUACGCGUUGAAUAUCGCUGCACCGAGUGCGACAAGACCUUCAGCUGCCCGGCCAACCUGGCAUCACAUCGGCGCUGGCACAAGCCCAAAGGAGAAGAAAAUCAGCCGCAAGCUUCGAGCGCAGGUUCGAGCGCAACAGCGCAGUCCGAGCACUCCGACUCCGGCUCUGAGGAAGACGCGCAGUUCAGUUGCGCGCAAUGUGGCAAAAAGUUUAGACGACAGGCUUAUCUGAGGAAACAUCUCGCUCUGCACGAACGAAAGGCAGCAGGUCUGCGGCAGGAUCUCAACCUCGGUGAUCAGAUCGAGCCAAUCAAUCUGGUAAAACAAGCGUCUCCAGAAGGUUCCUCUAAAUUUCUGAUGGCAAUGUGCGCAACCAAGUCGGAAACGUUUCCGUGUCGCUUCUGCGGAGAAAACUUCUUCUCUUCUCCAGGGCUGACGAGACACAUCAACAAGCAUCAUCCAACAGAAAGCAGGCAGAUGAUCCUACUAACACAUGCUGUGUAA